AUGGCUCCUGCAGACAAAUCAUCGAAGUUUGUUCUUCUAGUCGCAUGCUCCCUUAUCGUCCUCAACCUUUUCUGUAUUGAUCCUGUCCAUGCCCUAGACCUCGGUCUUAAAGUUAAAGGACCUGUUAAAGCUCUGGUUAAACACUUCAACUGUAGUAGAAAAUGCGAGUCAGAAUUCUGUAAAGAUGGUUAUGGCUAUAUAAACAGAGAGUGCAGCCUAAAUUUACUGAAAUGUAUGGAAAAGGUUAAAAAGUCAGGAGCUAAGACGUUUAAGGGGAGCAAAUGCAAAGCUGGUGAGGUGAUUGAUGUUAUUACUGAUGUCAUUAAAGUUGCUGUACGUGCUGGAAGAUUUGUUCCCCCAUCAAAAUAG